AUGUCAUUAAGAAAUCCAAUUGCAUUUCACAACUAUUCACCUAAACAAACGUUGCUUGCAGGUGGCGUGGGAUUUGGUAUUUACGCUGCCUUAAUGCUUAGAUAUUACUCACAGCGGUCAAGUGUGAGAAAGAUAUUUGAAGAGAGUGAUAAAAACUACGAAAAGGUGCACCUCAUGGCAUUACCUCAAAAAAGGGGAAUCAAUGGUGACAAACAGUAG